UACCCUCAUAAAAUGUCAUUAAAAUAUAGACAAUGUCAUUUAAUCUAUUCGUUUGUCUUUGUAAGGAGUCCGGUGUUCGGUAUGAAUACAUAGCGCAAUACUUUGUUGCAAUAAAUGCAUCAACAAAGAGGCAUGGAAGAUGCAACAUUGUUUCCAGAGCCCGUGUUGAUGAGUUGGAUGGUGUGAUCAAAGCAGCGUCAGCUCUAAAAGAACAUCGGGUUAUAUAUAACUGCCUCUUUUCUGUGCAAGGAAUGCAGUAUUCGAGUUUAUGUUGUAUUUAGUUGUCAAAACUCUUGUUGAGAUUGCCUAAAACACUAGUUAUCAUUUGAAUGAAAGUCACGACAGGUGUAUGUUUUUUUUUAUUAUACCUGCCAUCUCUUGACUUAAUAGUUUACUUGCAUGAAAUGUUUAUAUUUGAUUCAUUUGGACCGAUUUGUGUCAUUGGUGACUGGAGGAAAUGAUAAUGGCUCUCAUGACAAUAAGAGAGGCUAACAGCUGUUGCCUCAAAAACAACAAAAAAGGGCACUGUUUUUCAUUUUGAAAUAUUAAAUAUUUGUGUUAUAUGUGUAUUUCACACUUUAUUUCUAUCAAUAUUUAUACUAUAUAUCAGUAAUCGAUACUAUAUUAAUAUGUAAUUUAUUAAGCAUGAAUUUGAUGUCAAGUAACACUUGAUUUGUAAUCUUUAAUUGUUUUAUUUAUUUAUUUAUUUAUUUACAUUUGUAAUAUUUUGUCCAGUUAUUGCAGUGUCUGCUGAAUGCAAUCGCUGAAUUUCACUGAAUCCAAGCAAGGCACACAAAGAAGAUGGACAGCUAUGGGUUCUCCAGUGAUAUGUUCAGUGGCAGAGCUGUUUUGGGGGAGGACAGCUCGGUCAUGGCCCGCAUGCAGAAGAAGUUCUGGAAGACCAAGCAGGUUCUGAUCAAGGCCACGGGGAAAAAGGAAGAUGAGCAUGUGGUUGCAUCUGAUGCAGACCUGGAUGCUAAACUAGAGUUUUUCCGUUCAGUCCAGAGCACUUGCACAGAGCUUCUGAAAGUGAUUGAGAAAUACCAGCAAAGAAUCACACACCUCUCUCAGGAGGAGAAUGAGCUUGGGCUGUUCCUGCGGUUCCAGGCAGAGCAUGAUAAAACAAAAGCAGGCAGUAUGAUGGAUGCCACAAGUAAGGCCCUCUGCUGCUCUGCCAAGCAGAGACUGGCACUGUGUACCCCUCUCCAUCGAAUGGAACAGGAAGUGGAGACGUUCCGGAGGAGAGCCAUCGCUGACACUUUUCUGACAGUAAGCAGAAUGGAGAAGGCUCGGACCGAGUACCGCGGAGCUCUGCUAUGGAUGAAGGACGUCUCACAGGAACUGGACCCAGACACCUACAAACAACUGGAGAAAUUUCGCAAGGUGCAGGCCCAGGUAAGAGGGACAAAAGUGCAGUUUGAUAAACUGAAGAAUGACGUGUGUCAGAAAGUGGACAUGCUGGGAGCCAGUCGUUGCAACAUGAUAUCACAUUCCUUAUGCACAUACCAGACAACGCUCCUACAUUACUGGGAGAAGACCGCACACAUGAUGUCUGGCAUCCACGAUGCCUUCAAAGGAUAUGUUCCCUACCAGUUUACUACCCUCAAAGAACUGAGGGAUCCACUGGACCAGAUUGCAUCUGAACAGCCAGCAGAGGACAGCAAAGAGAAGGGCAAGAAGACACAUCCCGACAAUCUUGUGUCACUUGAAGAUGAACAGCUGGGUGAAUCAUCCGAGACUGUUUCUACUCGUGCUGUAGAUGGACAAAGUAGAGGAUCAGACAGCUCUUUAUGUGCCAGCCUGGACUCUGCCUUGAAUGAACAAUUUGGCCGCUUUGAUGAAGCUAGCACAGACGAUGACCUCCUAUUCAUGACCUCUGACCCUGCCCCGAUCAUGACCCCGAUCCCUUCCCUCACUCCAACCUUGACCCCAACCCUAAACCCGGCCAUGCCUGCUCUGCAGCCCCACGCACUGCAGGACGCCACGGCGCCUCCUACAGUUCAGUGGGAUUUAGGUGCCUCACAUGUGGAAAAGCAGAAAGCAUUACUCAGCACUGUACGACCUGAAAUAGGCAGAGAUCUGAUGUCUGAGGAUUUACACUCCGGUGAGGUGAAAGAAGAAGAGGGAGAGAGAGGAGAUCUGUCAUUCUUGCAGGAUCUUCUGAGUCCUGGUGCCACAGUUGGCACUAGUGAGUUCAGUAAAGCGUGGCAGGAUGCUUUCGGCUGUUUUGAGGCUCCUCCUACUCCUGUUGCUCCUGCUACUCCUGCUUCAUCACAGGCAGAAACAACGAACACAUCCACUGGCUUCCUGCCAUCUCAACUCCUGGACCAAAGCCUCCGUGCCACAGGAUGGGCAACACCACCCAUGUUUCAAGCCCCACCCCUCAAACCACCACCCAUUGGAGGACAAGCUCAUCCUGCCCAGAACAGCCCAAACUCUUUGGUUAAUGCUGCUAAAGGAAGCUCAAGGGACAUGUCUGCCUGGUUCAACCUUUUUGCAGAUCUGGACCCUCUGUCCAACCCAGAUGCUAUUGGACGCAGUGAUCAGGAGAUCCUCAGUGCCUGAGGUGUGUUUGUUGAGUGAAAGUUUGAAGCUGGAUCACACCCAAAAAUGUCUCUGUCCGUGAGAGAUCCUUGAUUUGGAGCUGGAACACUACCUCUCCUGAAACUUAGAUUCAACUAGAGCCAAGGAAGGUUCCAGAAAACUGUCCAUAUCCCUGGAAAACUAGAAGGUUUCUGACUUAUGAGAACAUGUCUCUUUCCAUCUUUCAAACUGUGUGUGUGUGCAUCUGCUGUAUGUUAAGACAAUGAAGGGUAAAAUGUUAAAGAUUUCACCAUAUCUCUAUAUCACUAUAUCUGAGUGUUGUUACAUGGGAAUAAAAUAUAUGUUACUUUAUGAAGUUCACAUCUUUAAAGGGAAAUGAAGGUCAAAUUUGUGAGAAUUUGCCCUUCUCUUGUGUGAAAGUGUGUGUGGAAAGGAGUGACCAAGAAAAUAAACCUAUACGAGUCUGUAAAUACAAAAUAUCUGUCUGCUUUGUAUAACAGGGGUCAUGAGUUUUAAAUGUCCAGAAACAGGGUUACAUAUUUAUUACACCUAUUAUAGAUUACAGACUGUAUUUUAAAUCAACUACAGAUACCCACGCAUCACAAAUGUUUAUUUUUUGACUCUCACUUGAUUACCCCGAACAAUAAACCUGAUAAAUGAAAUUAUUUAUUAAUACCAUAAAAUAGUGUUACUGUACUACAUAUGCAAGUCGUGUGCUGUGCCAUUAGUUUAAUGAGAAUGAGGUGGUGAAAUGGAACUUUUAAUAGGAGAUGCAUUCACAGUGACAUAAAUGCUAAAAUACACACAUAGAAUGAACAUCUCCAACAAGUUCUUCACUGUCACACUGUGCUGCAAAACACUGGAAUGAAUUCUCUCUGUUUGUGUGAAUAUGUUUUUGUAUGUUAUGUCAUUUUGACCACCAGAUUUCCUGGCAACCCCUUCCCGUACUCUAAAAAAAACAUGACACAUUUCAUGUUAUUCCAGAAUAUCAUACUCGUAACACAUCGAGAGUCAGUUUAUUUGCAACUAUGACCAAUCUGUUUUCUUUUGUAUUAAAAAAUUGGUAGCACUAUACAUUUAAGGUUCCAUUUGUUUACAUUAGUUAACUACAUUCUUUAACAUGAACUAACAAUGAACAAUACUUUACACUAUUUAUUAACCUUGGUUAAUGUUAAUUUCAACAUGUACUAAUAUAGUUUUUGAAUUAAAAGUUGUAUACAUUAACAAAAGUUAAUUAUUAAUUGAUUGUAUUUUUAUUAACUAACAUUAACAAAGAAUAAAUGGUGUAAAAAAUAUUUUGUUCAUUAUUAGUUCAUGGUACUUAAAUGUUAUGGGUUCAAGACAAGUUAAGCUCAAUCGACAGCAUUUGUUGCAUAAUGUUGAUAACAACAAAAAUUCAUUUCGACUUGUUCCUCCUUUUCUUAAAAAAAAAAAAACAGUGAGGCACUUACAAUGAAAGUGAUUGGGGUCAAUUUUUGGAGGGUUUAAAAAUGUGAUAGAAAUGUGAAGCUUAUAAUUUUAUAAAAGCACUUGUAUUAAUUCUUCAGUUAAAACUGGUGUAUUAUUUGAACUGUAAAGUUCUUUACAUUGUCAUUUUUACAGUCAUUUUAGGGUUUCAGGUUUUGUUGACAUUACAUCGUAAAAUUGGCUUUAACUUUACACGGAUGCGGUUAGUAAGUGAUUUUAUCACACUAAAAUCAUGCUAACACACAUAUGUCUUCUGGCUAAACUUUUGAAACAGUGAGUCUUUUAACAUAAAAGUUUGGCCCCCAUUCACUUCCAUUGUAAGUGCCUCACUGGAACCCAGAUUUUUGCUUUUUUUUUUUUUUUUUUAAACAAAAGGAGGGACGAGCCGAAAUCAAUCUUUGUGGUAAUCAAUAUUAUGCUACAAAUCCUGUCGAUUGAGCAUAACUUUUAUUGAACCCAGAACAUUCCUUUAAUACAUUAACUUGUGUUAACUAAUGGAACCUUAUUGUAAAGUGUUACCAAAAAAAUCUUAAUUAUUGCUUGCAAUAAACUGCUUCCAAGCGCCAUCUCGGAUGGUUCUAGAAUGUAUCUUGUCUGUAUAAUAAUUUGUUUUGUCGACUCUGAAUAGCUUGUGUAGGCAUAUAACCAUGGAUCAUUUCGAAACAUUUCAAAUGGGAUAUCACUCUAUAUUUGAGGGAGCACACAUCUCUUUCUUUUUGUGCAGUUUAAUGUUUUGAAGUGUCACUUUCUGUACUAGAUUAUUUUUCAUGUGUGUGGAGCUAUAUGUUGCAGCAUUAUUGUAACACUUUGUUCUUUGUCUUUUUUAAACUUGUUAAGAAAAGAAUGUACACUGCACCAUUCAUGGCUGCUUUCAUCCAUUUAUUUUAUGCAAAUUUGCCUUUUAAGUUACAUAAACAAUGUACUUGUAGAAUUUCAUUGAAAAAAACUGGAAUAUAGGAGAGCGUGCAUCACCAAGGCUUUGAUACUUCAUUUGAGAGUAAAUAAAUUUGAGUGAAAUUCUGUCA